GGAAGUAGUUUGUUAUGCAUCGCUGGGAGGGAGGUGAGAGACAACGAAACCAAGAUGGAGAGCUGGAAGACAGCGGGUAUAGGGGGGCGGCGAUUUGCUUCUACGCCCUCUAAACCGGUUAAAACCAGUGCGUAUAUUCUUUACCAAGAGGAACUCAUAGAGAAGAAAAAGAAAGAGAUUGAAGCCAAAACAAAACAUCAGGCCAAGCAAGCUCAGCAAGCCAUCCAGUCUCAAAAUGCUGACUUACCUUCUUCAUCCUCCACAUCAAACAAGUUUGCAAACGAUGGCAGCUUCCUGCAGCAGUUUCUCAAGUUACAGAAAGAAAAGUCGAGCACAGAUACCUCAUCAAGUUCAGCUGGGAACACUGGGCCUUCUCAGAAGAAACCUGUUGUUUUAGGAAAGAGACCUGGACUCUCUGGGGAAAGUAUGUUAAACCAAAUGAAGACCUAUUCGCACACUAAGCAAACCCCGAAAAUUAACCGUCUCAGUGUCUUUAAGUCUCCUGAGGAUGAUGAUGAUGAUGAGGAAGAUUAUGAGCAGUGGCUUGAAAUAAAAAUUUCACCCCCAGAGGACAGUGGAACCCGCAAGGUGGUGGAGAAGUUGGCUCGAUAUGUAGCUGAAGGGGGCAAAGAGCUUGAAAAAAUGGCAAUUGAAGAUUAUAAGGAUAAUCCUGCUUUCACAUUUCUACAUGAUCAUAACAGCCGGGAGUUCCUCUAUUACAGGAAGAAAUUGGCAGAGUAUAGGAAAGAAUGUGAGGAUCCAGAAAAAAUGGCUGCUAACAAGGUUGAUGAAGAUACUAAGAUGUUUGCUGAGAAGCUGGCCAGAUAUGUGGCAGAUGGAGGCCCAGAAGUAGAAGCUAUAGCAGUGCAAAACAAUAGAGAAAAUCCUGCCUUCAGAUUUUUGUAUGAACCAAACAGCAAAGGUCACAGACAUUAUAAAAUUAAGCUGGAAGAGUAUAAAAGAGCUUUGAAGAACUCUUCCAAACCUGAACCAGCACCAGAGCAGAAACGCAGGUUCAUCCCAGAGCCUACUUUUGCUGAAACGCCUUCCCCCCCUUCCUCUGUUACUUGGUCCUCCAACACCACAGCUUCUUUUGUCUCAUCGCCUCCUCCAGCCAUAGAGCAACCAGCGUUGAAGAAGAGGAGGAAAAGUCGCUGGGGUCCAGAAGAAGAGAAAGUAGACAUUUCUCCUACAUCUGUGGCCAUUGAGCCUCCUGAUACCAGCCUUCUAACAGCUCAGGAUCUGAAAGGCCUGGGAUAUGAAAAAGGGAAACCAGUUGGACUGGUGGGUGUCACUGAGCUUUCCGACGCCCAGAAAAAGCAGCUGAAGGAGCAGCAGGAGAUGCAGCAAAUGUAUGAUAUGAUUAUGAAACACAAGCGAGCCAUGCAAGAUAUGCAGCUCAUGUGGGAGAGAGCUCUGAAACAACACCAGCAUGAGUAUGACAGUGAUGAAGAGGUGGACAAUGAUCUUGGGACGUGGGAACACCAGCUUAGAAAGAUGGAAAUGGAUAAGACUAGAGAAUGGGCAGAGCAGCUAACAGAAAUGGGCCGUGGGAAGCAUUUCAUCGGAGAUUUCCUACCACCGGAUGAGCUUGACAAGUUCAUGGAAACCUUCAAAGCUCUCAAGGAAGGACGUGAGCCAGACUACUCAGAGUACAAGGAAUUCAAGAUAACUGUAGAGAAUAUUGGAUACCAGAUGCUCAUGAAGAUGGGAUGGAAGGAGGGAGAAGGGUUGGGGUCUGAGGGUCAAGGAAUCAAGAACCCUGUAAAUAAGGGCUCUACAGCUGUCGAUGGAGCAGGAUUUGGUAUUGACCGCCCAGCAGAAUUAGCAAAAAAUGACGACGAGUAUGAGGCAUUCCGAAAAAGGAUGAUGUUGGCAUAUCGGUUCAGGCCUAACCCACUGAAUAACCCACGGCGUCCAUAUUAUUGAAGAACUAAUGUGAUCAACCUCCCAUACAUCAUUGAUCUCAGAAGAUUGUCCCAUACCCGUAAAUCCUGUUUCUGUCCCUUUGCGUAUGAAGAUGCUAGAUCUUUCAGAAGCUUCACCUACAGCUACCACCUGCAUCCCAGUGUACCUACUCAUUGUUAAUUUGCAAAGGAUCUAGGUCUAAUAAAUAUAAUCCUUUUAGCUGACAAUUUGUUUAUUUUUUAUUUUUUUUAUUUUAGUUGAAAUUUCUUUUUCUGCAGGUGUUAUUAAAAAUUUUGUUUAAAAGAAAAUCAUUGUUGCCAUUUUUUGAAAUGUUUUGUUUAUUAAAAACACCUGUAUAAUAUAUUAUAACUGAGAAGGAUUGAGCAUUAUCUGCUUACACUGAGAUUGCCUUAUUAACUUAGUUAUUUUUAUUCACGUAUUCCAAGCAGACUUAAUUUCCGGACAAGAGUUUAGCCAGUGCAUUUUAGUUGGAAUGUAGAUAGUUUGUCCUAAACUUUUAAUCAAUGUCUUAAAUCACUUUGUUUAUACACACACCUCCCCUGGCUGAGACCCGCACAGUCUCACUGCUGUCUUCCUAAAUAAAAGUCUAAAUAUUAUUUUUUUAGUAUGUAUCUUCUGCUCUGCUAAUAGCCUGUUACAGCUUACAAUAGUCUCCUGUGUGUGAUUAACAUUUAGUUAACAGAGCAGUAGAGAACGUCUAAAGUAAACACACUGUGCUGUAUGAUCAGUUCGAAAAACGAAA